AUGUAUAAUCAAGAUAUUAAACCAUUAUUACCAUCCUUAUCAUACCCUUACCAGAAGUCUAUAUUACCAGUAAAGACUCAACCUCAACAGGUAUUACAAUCAACUGGACUUCUGAAUAACUUACCACCUUUGCAAUUUUACUCAUCAAAGGAUGCAUGGGAUGAACAAGGUCCACAGAUCCCAAAUCAAAUGUCUGUUGCUCAAAUGCAGAUGAACCAAAUGCAGAUGAAUCAGAUGCAAAUGAAUCAAAUGCAAAUGAAUAUGGUACCAAUGCCAUCACAAGGAUUAAAUAUUCCAGGUCACAACAUACAUGACAAUCAAACUGUUCUUAUGAAUCAAAACUACGAUAUGCAAUAUGCUUAUAUGGAUAAAGAAGAUGAUAAAUAUUCCAUUGAUUAUAGUUCUAUCAUAAAUUAUACCAAUUCUCCAAGUUUGAAAAGAAAGAGAAGAUCCAAAUCAGCCACUAAUGUUAGUGAAGAUCAAACCAAAUUACCAUGUCAAGUAUGUGGGAAGAUAUUUGCUAAACCAUACAAUUUAAAAUCACAUAUGAAAUCACAUUCAAAGGAGAAACCUUUCAAAUGUUCUUAUUGUCCAAAGACAUUUGCCAGAAGUCAUGAUAAAAAGAGGCAUGAACUUUUACACAAUGGAGAGAAGAAUUUUAAAUGUGAAGGGUUUUUAAAAGAUGGUAAAACCAAAUGGGGCUGUGGAAAGAAAUUUGCUAGAAGUGAUGCAUUAUCAAGACAUUUCAGAACUGAAACUGGUUGGCUUUGUAUAAAACCUUUGAUGGAUGAAGCUAAAGCUUUGGAAUCCAAUGAUUUAAUUAAUAAUUAUACUCAUUCUUAG